CAUUUCCGGAAGCGUGGUUCUCAUUGGGCCGUACGUACGGCUCUCCCUAUUGGCCGCUGCUACCACACUUCCGGCGUGCGCCGCGCCGCCGCUUCCUUUUCCGGUCGGCCAUUUUCCUCGGCGGGAGGCCGCAGCAGCCAUGGCGCCCAGCCGCAAUGGGAUGAUCCUGAAGCCGCACUUCCAUAAGGACUGGCAGCGGAGAGUGGCCACAUGGUUCAACCAGCCCGCGCGGAAGAUCCGCAGGAGGAAGGCCCGCCAGGCUAAAGCUCGUCGCAUCGCCCCCCGCCCCGCGGCUGGGCCCAUCCGACCCAUCGUCAGGUGCCCGACCAUCAGAUACCACAAAAAAGUUCGUGCUGGAAGAGGCUUCAGCCUGGAGGAGCUUAAACUGGCCGGCAUUAACAAAAGGUUUGCUCGGACAAUUGGAAUCUCCGUGGAUCCCAGGAGAAGAAACAAAUCCACAGAGUCACUGCAGGCCAACGUGCAGCGGCUGAAGGAAUAUCGCUCCAAGCUUAUCCUCUUCCCAAGGAAACCGUCUGCACCUAAGAAGGGAGACAGCUCACCUGAAGAACUCAAGAUGGCAACUCAGCUCACCGGGCCGGUUAUGCCCAUCAGGAACGUUUUCAAACGGGAGAAGGCCCGUGUUAUCACCGAGGAGGAGAAGAACUUCAAGGCCUUUGCCAGCCUGCGCAUGGCCCGGGCCAACGCGCGGCUCUUUGGGAUCCGAGCCAAACGAGCCAAAGAAGCAGCAGAGCAGGACGUGGAGAAGAAGAAAUGAGCUGUACUCAGAGCUGUCAAUAAAGAGACACGGAAACAGA